AUGCCAAGUUCUAUAAUCUUUUCACAAGGGAAAGCCUUGGAUAUCGAGUCGUUGUUGUCUAAACGCAUACGAAGAUGGCAACCUGGGGCCAUUCGUCGGUUGAUUCCACUGGGGAGUAAACCCGGAAUGAUCUCUGUUGUCCCCGGAAUGCCUCAUCCGUCAACCUUUCCGUUUGCAGAUCUUUCAUUUACCGUCAAAAGUUCUCACGGAGGGCCAGAAGAGACCAUUGCCUUGGACCAAAAGCUAGUAUCGGACGCCUUUCAAUACGACCUGGCAGGCGGUAAUGCGCAGCUAAUUGACUGGUUCCUCGAGCUCCAAAAACGGGUUCACGGAUCUUCAGACGGACACAAUUGGUCUUGUUGCGUCGGCAACGGAAGUCAGGACCUUAUUUUCAAGGCCUUUCAGGUUUUUACAGAUCCAGAAGAUGCCGUGAUGAUUGAAUCCGGGGUUGUCGGAUUUCUUGGGGCAGAAAACCAUAAGCUUAUCGAAAUCCCAACGGAUGCAUACGGCAUCAUCCCCGCGGAAUUCGAGAAAAUCCUGUCAAAUUGGCUCCCAGGGAGUCCCCGGCCGAAAGUCCUAUACACUACACCCACAGGAUCCAAUCCAACCGGAGCAACCUGCUCGGAGUUGCGCAAAACUGAGAUACUUCGAUUGGCGCACCGAUUCGAUUUUGUCAUAUUCGAGGAUGAUGCAUACUACUAUCUCAACUACGACCUGGACCCACCCGGAAUGGCGCGAAGUUACCUUGGGUUGGAGGGUGAGGUCACAGGAACCUCUGGCCGCGUUGUGCGGUUCGACUCGCUGAGCAAGGUUGUCAGCUCGGGAAUGCGAAUUGGUUUCCUCACUGGGGCACCACAGGUUGUACAGCUGGUGACGAGGUUGACAGAAAACACCAACCUCCAACCCUGCACCACCACGCAGGUCCUCGCCUUCGCACUCUUCCGGCACUGGGGCCACGACGGCUUCCUGGCGCACGGCCAGCGGGUCGCUGCCUUGUACCGUCGACGGCGCGACCUCUUUUGCGCGGCCGCUUGCAAACACCUCGGCUCCCUGGCGAGCUGGCACGUACCGGCUGCGGGCAUGUUUGUGUGGAUGAAAUUGAGGCUGCCGCGCGGGUUGGAGGACAGUUUCGAGCUGAUGGAGCAAGGGGCGUUGCAGAAUCGCGUGCUCGCCCUGCCGGGCGGUGCCUUUUUUGUAAAUGGGGCCAAAAUUAGCCACGUCCGCAUCAGCUUCAGCUUGAUCGCCGAGGAUCAGAUGGAUGAUGCAUGUGCGCGUCUUGCGGAUCUGGUUCGGUGGGCGUGGAAAACUGCGGGAGAGGAUGAAGCGGCCAUUGAUGGCUCCGAAUGA